UUUCAGAUGGUAUACAAAAGCGUAGUAAGUAGUUUUAUAAAAAUUGCGUAGAGUGUUAGAGGAGGCCACACACGCAUAUUUUGUGUGGCGUCCUCUUAAUGAUAUUGUUUAAUUCAAAUUUCAAGGUAACCAUUAACUUAUAUUACUUGUACUUUGCAUUCAUUCCCAAUGGAAUAUGCAUUUCUUAUAUACAUGAACCAGGAAAAUUAUCAAGUACUUUUGAAUGUCGUGCGCAACAUUCUGCCAUUGCGUUAUGAACACCUCUGUGUCAUAACUGAUUUUGAAAUACCAUUGAUGAACUCUGUUCAAAAUGUGAUGCAUGAUAGUUAGUUGAUCGGUUGUUGGUUCCAUUAUUGCCAGGCAGUCGUACGGUACAGUAGACGGAAACUGAACACUGUGUACCAUCUGUUUCAAACUAGCCCUGUAACAGCUAGAGUUUUGAGAAUGGUACUAGCUAUACCAAAUUUACCUGCAGAAAGAGGGAAUCCAGAUUGUCCUCAACAUAAUAUAUAUGAUGGAUUUAGGGCUAUCAUGAAUUAUGUUCAACAGUUCCCAGACAUUGAACAACAAUUGAGACCUUUUCUUGUUGGGUAUGUUGAAAGAUACUGGCUACAAGUUGGAACUAGAAUUUUGAGUGUUUUUGGGUGUAAAUACAGGACCAAUAACUACUUAGAAUCGUUUCACUCUACAUUAUUGACAUAAAUGUCUAAACACCCAAAUAUAUGGGAUUUUAUACGUGAGAUUAUACUAUGA